UGAGGCCAUAGAUAUCCCAUGAAGCAUGCUGCACCACGCCCUCUUUGCUACUCGGAUAUAAAACGUCAAGAUGCUUUCAUUCUCUGGUGGACAAGAAGAUCCAAGCAGUGAUGAACUAGCUGCCAACUGACCCCUGCAUGGCUGACGAUGCUUCAAGGUAUCCUGCUUUUCUCGUUGAACUGAUUUCCACCUUGACACUUUCUUUCUCUCUCAACCAGCAGUUUAACAGGAAAACGGAGCUUCUGUCCCACUUGCUCCUUUGUGUUUCCAAAAUGCCGUUCAUUCCACAACUUUCGAUCACACAACCUGUGUCAGGGCUAACUGGAAAGGAGAGACCUGAAAAUGCAUCAUCUAAAAGCAGCGGACCAAGGAAGAAAGUUGCAAGAGAAGGCAAAGCAAACUCAGUCAAGGAGAGACUGGCGUUAAAUUUAAAGCAACUGGGGAGAAGGAGCCAGCCAAGCAGUCAUCUAACCUCAGCCAGAAGAGUUUCUUUAGGGGAGCUGCAGACAAACAAAAGAGAACGAUUGUUGCAGUUGUCUCAAACUGACAGCCCCCGUUCCUCAAGCUCUGGGGAGCACAAACAAGUCAGCCACAACUCCAAAAAUAAUGAAUCUGUGGCAAACACUAGAUCUAGAAAUAAAGAGGAGAUGCAUUUUACACUAACGCUCACACCUGAAGCUGUUCUGCUGCUGCAGCGGAGAAACAGUGAGAAACACCAGCGAUCAUCUGCCAGAAAUGCUGUAGGUGGACUCAGCACAUCUGGAUGCACCACUGACUCUAGAAGAAGAAAGCAUCAGUCAAUACCUCGUAGGAACAGCAGAGCUGCUGGUAAAAACAAUCCAGAUGCUCCACUGGGAGACAUACGUUCAAUUAUAAAAAUCUCCCUCUUGAAUGAGAAACACAAGUACAAUGAUGUGGAGUAUGAAGAUGAGGAGGACUCUGGUGUGGAUGAGCGAGUGCUCCUGAAAUGCACCGAAUGGCUGCGUGGACUGGAGAGCACAGCUGUGAUGGUGGGGAAGAGCCAGAGUAGGACUGUGAGCAGUUUGGAUAGUUUUUAAAGGCUCUAUAAAACUUUUUUUUUUUUUUGUGUGGAUACAUUUGUCAAUAAAAAUAAAAUAAUUAUACCACUGGAUUUGAUUUUAAAAAUUAUCUAACUAUAAGCUUGAGAAUUUAUUAGUUUUGUUGCAAAUGUAAAAUUUGACUUGUUAAAAGCUAAGUAGAUUAGUGUUAAUGCUUUUAAAACAAAGAAGGUCCAAGAGUAAAUAAAAUGCCCCAUUCUGUACAGUUUUGACAAAUGAACAUAUUUUUUGAAUAUACUAGAUACUAAAAUAUUUAAAUUUCAUUAAAAUGAUGAUUGCAAAUCCCUUAUAGAGAUCUAAGUCUGUGCUAUAUUAGCAAAAGAGAACAAGAAUUUAUUUCUUAGAGUGGAGAUUAAAGAUAUCUGGAUACUUAAGUUUGCUGCUGAAUGUUAUUCUACUGUUAUUUCUUAUCUCUUUUAUGCUUUACCUUUAUGGUAUUUCUGAGUUUAAUUUCUUUCUAAUUAUGUCCUCUAUCUUGCAUAGUUUGUAGGCAAAUAAUGUCAAUUUGAAACAUAUUAUGAAAUAAACUUUGUUUAAUUAACCCA